AUGCUUCCGUCGUUCAUGGUCAAGCUGUUUUGGAAAAAUAUGGGCGAGGUGGCGGAGAGAGUAGAAGUAGGAGGGGGUGACGAACACGAGGGAGGAGGUGAGGGGACGCCACGCGUCGUGGUUGAGUAUGAAUACGAGGAGGAGGAGAUCGAGGAGGAUACCUCGAAGCAAGCUCAGCACGGGGUGGACGAGCAGGUGGAGCAUAUCGAGCAACAGGUGACGGGGGACAAUGGGGCUGUCAAGGAGCAGGAGGGCGGAGCGGCUGCGCAGGAGGGUGGGGUAGGAGUGCAGCAGCAGGAGGGUGUGGCAGCUACGCAGGAGGGUGGGGCAGGAGGGCAGCAUCAGGAGGGCGUGGCGGCUGCGCAGGAGGGUGGGGCGAGAGGGCAGGAGCAGGAGGGUGGGGAGGCUGCGCAGGAGGGUCAUCGAGGAGAGAAGCGAUAG